AUGAGUAUCGAACCAACAUUUCAUGGUUAUAUCGAAACGACACAGGACACACUUCUUAUAUUUGAAGCAUGUAGAAAAGGUUGCCUUACAAAGAUAUGUCGAAGACUUCAAGAGAAAGAACGCAAGAUCAUAACGUCAGGAAGUGUGUUUGUAUUUGACGAACGCGAAUCCGGAAUAAAACGUUGGACUGAUGGUUUAGUAUGGAGCCCAUCAAGAAUUCUUGGAAAUUUUCUUAUUUAUCGAGAAUUGGAUAAACGUCCUCCUACUGGUAAAAAAGAUUCUUCUCCAGUAGAACGUCAAAGAAGUGAUAGUGUUGAUAUGGAAUCACAAUCUGAAAAAAAUAAAGAACGCGCAUUAGUUGGCAGUUUAACAAAUACUUAUCGUUUUAAAAAAGGUGGUUUAAUUAAAAAAACAAUGUCAAUCAUGGUUAACGGUGUUAGCCAACAUAUGAUUAGUUAUUAUACAAAAGAAGAUGUAUUGGCUGGUAAGCUCAAGACUCCAUCUUCAAUGCCAAACUUAGCCAUUCUCGAAAUUUCUCCAGAAUUCUUGUUAAAGCAAAAUUUUAGAAUACCUCCUGUUGUUGAGUCAAAUUAUGAACAAGAAUUAGAUGGUAUGACAUAUGGAAAACAAUCUUCUGCUUCACCACAUGCUAUUCUCCCAAAACCAGGUGAUGGUACCGUGAGUCCCGCAAGACUAUCAAAUAUGGAUUUUUCUCCUUCUCGUAUAAAGAUGGAAAUGGAAGCAUCCAAUUCUUGUAUUCCUUCGCAUUAUUCUAAUUACUCAUCAACGAUGCAUCCAGUAUCUCAUUUUGCUCCAUAUGCUUCACAAGGUCAUGUUCCUAAUGAAUCUGAUGGGUCACAUACUCUUUCAAUGCCGCCAAUGCGUGCAUUAAUGAAUCGUCAAUCGUCUUUUCAUGAGUUUCCUCCUCUUACUUCUCAUGUUAAUAAUAUAACACCGUCACGGUUAUUAACAUCGCACCAACAACCGUUAAUUCCUAGUAUUGGUUCUCACCAAAAUGAUUAUAAUUAUCAUACACCGCAAAAUAACACAAACACUCAAAAUUGGUCUGGUUAUCAAUAUCCACCAUAUUCAUCAAAUGCUCCGCACGCUCUUCAUCCAUCUAUUAGUCAUCAAGCACAAUCGAAUAAUCCUCAUGCGGAAACGAGUAACGAUAUGUUUUAUGCUAAUACUACCACUGCUGGUAACAAUUCUACCAAUAGUACAAUUAAUACGCUUAGUAAUCAAGUACCUUUAUAUACUACUGGUAAUCCAUAUCACGAUUUAUCAUCCACAACAUUCCCCGAUAUAUAUAAUCCGGUCCAUUCAUCUACCACCAAUUCUAUAUCGCACUCACAUUUACAUCAACACGAGUAUCAAGUAACAUCCCCAUCUCCGACACUUCCUUCCAUUUCUUCUCCCGCAAGCACUACUAGUACUUAUAGUUCAAAUGCUCCUGUAACACCUCCACUUAAUUCACCCGUAAAUUCUGGGUUCAAUUCCAAUUAUUAUCCAUCAUUGAUAAAGAAUGAAGGAUUUCAACCUGUUCAUAUGUUGUACAAUUUUGACUAG